CCAUUCUGUUUGUUACUAUUUUGAUUUUCAGACACACCCAUCACAGACCUGCUUCAUGUCAUCAGUAGAUCUGCACACUCAUUACUCCUACCAGAUUAUGCUACCAGAAGCGAUUGCAAUUGUUAUGGCCCCUACAGAUACUUCGAGUCCGCAUGGCAUAUUUCAUUUAUCUGAUCCAAGCGGUGUGUCUGUGAUUAGACAUUGCCAACAACGUGGCUUUCAUCCCCACGAGGAGCCAUCUGAUGGGAGCCCAAUUUAUGAGCAUUGUUCACAUGUCUAUAUGAACCCCAAUUUGAAGUAUGAUGUUGUUGAUCUUCGGCGAGACUGAGACUCUUGAGUUCUUUACACUCUUGAUGAAAAUAAUCUUCAGGUUGAGGGAAAAUAUGUAUAUGAGCAGUAAAUAUGUUUUCACCUCACAAAGUUAUAGUAAAUUCAACUGGUUUUCUGAAUGGAUAUAGGACAAAUAUGAAGCACAUCCAUUUGCGAGAAAGCACAAGUUGGUCUUCGAUUUUGUAUCAUUGUAGUGAUACUUGACUGGUAAAUAUUAAUCGUGUAAUUAAAAACACCGGCAUUGUUCUUUGAGUC